AUGGGCGGCUUGGGCUCCUAUGACGCUGGCGCUCCAAAUUUCCUGAUCGGCGGAGAUAGUAGCUCGGAGCGCAGCACUGGUCGUACUCAAACUCUGCCCCAGCUAGCCAUCACCCCAGAGCAUCUAAACCCACGUUGGGCUUGCAAUGCCGUACAUCGGGUGGUAUCAUGGCUGAGCCUGCUCCUCGUGCCGCGACGGUCAAACGUGUUCGGACACGAACUGGGUGUUGGAAUUGUAGACGUAGGAGAAAGAAUAAUAUCAAAUCGUGUAGGCAGCGAACAUCGCCCUGUGUGUAGGACCUGUGCCCGAAAUGGAGAGGACUGUGAAUGGGGCGUGAAGCUGGUCUUUCGCCCUGAGCACAUCGAGACCAUUUCCGCAAGUCACCCGUCGAUGCAGAGGAAAACGACAGAGCCACAAUGUCCUAAGGAUCUUAGAAUAAUCGAUGUGACCCCAGAAGUUAUCCGAGAUUACUGGAAUGACGCGCCCUCAACACCUGAAAGCAACGUCGCUGCCAGUCCAACAGAGGCAAGGGAAGUUCAGCAUCACAAAACAACAAAUGCUCGGGAUGAUUUGUGCACACCACUGGUGUCGGGGACUGUGCGGCGUGCUGAUGUCGAGGCACAUAAUGGGUUGGGUGACGGGACGGUUGGAGGUAUAAUUCUCCAGGAAAGUCCCGAUCCGCAGAUACACUCACCGGCGAGAGUCUAUCAAAAUCUUCGAAACGAGCUGAUGAGCGCACCGUCACCAUGUUCAUACGAUACCAUGCAAUCCGCCGCAGCGCGUCUUUUGAAUCUAGGCCGCUCGAAUUCCACAACAGUCGAUGUGGAAGCCCAAUAUACACGAACACUCCCAGACAGCACGGUGCUUUUGCCAGGAAUGAGCAGUGUUUCCAACAGCUCCAGCCCUGCGUCUCAUAUAUCUCCGGAGGAUGGCGUCUUUGUACCUGGGUCUGCGUAUUUCGAAUUCCACUCUGCACUAAGGAACCACACCUUUCAAGCCGCAAGAUCGGCUUUCCCAACGCGGCCAGGGAGCCCGGAGGACCCAUUCACACCAAGUAGUCAGAUUUAUGCGGUCCAACAUUUUCAUGUGCAUGACACAACUUCAAAUGCCACCUGUUCAUCGGAGGCUGCGAGAUUGUCUGUCCCAACAUCGCAAUUUACAGAUUUGACGCAGCAAGAAGAACAUCUCCUGUGGAAGAACUGGGUGGAUGAGAUUGCUCCGUGGCUGGAUAAGUUCGAUAACGAACACCAUUUUGGACACGCACUGCCGCCUCUGGCUCGAGAGCACUUGCACUUGCGGUUCUCAAUGCUUGCUCUUUCUGCUCGGCAGCUGGAGCGGAAGUACCCGGAGCGGUCUUUGAAGAGUCUGGAGCUGUACCAAGAGGCUAUCCAUCUGCUUGUUCCUCAGCUACAGGAAAGGACCACGGCCGUUGUCGUUUCGUGUGUCGUACUCUGCGUUUUAGAAAUGAUGAGUUGCUCCCCAGAGAUGUGGAGGCAGCAUCUUGAUGGCUGUGCUAGCUUGAUACAAUCGCUUGACAUAGAUGGGCUAUCAGGGGGCUUGAAACAAGCACUAUUCUGGUGCUUUAUACGAAUGGACCUUUGCGGUGCUUUUAUAUCAAAUGAGAGAACCAUUAUUCCCAUUGAGAGUUGGUUACCUGAACCGGCUGCUGAACCUCACAUUACCCUAUUCUACCGAAGCAUGGGAUUCAACAUGUACGCAAACUACAUGGUAUAUCUAUGCGGUCGGGUGAUGGAUUUGAUUACGAAGAAAAGCGAGGGUUACGAAUACGCCCGUCGGUGGAGUGAACUGUUCUGCAACAUAACUGAAUGUUCUUCUCUUUUCGAAUUCCUCAGCCAUCUCAGGGAAUCAGCUGUAUCACACUGCUUCCGUUUUGAUGUUGCAACAGAAGCAUCAUGGAGUGAGUUUGAAGCGAGGAACCAGAUCAAUAUUCUGGCACGCUCGCAGGAUUUGCGCGAUCUCCAUUUCAAACACGCACCACGGAUGUUGGACGAAUUGUGUACAACCACUGUGGAUCGCGGGAAGGAUAAUGUCGCACCCUUCUGA